AUGCUGUGUACUCGUGCGGCUGCUGCCCUAGGUGCUUGCGACGCUGCUGCUCUAGGUGCUAGUGUGUCUGCGUCAUCAGGUACUGGUGAGUCUGCGCUCUCAGGUACUACGUCGGCUUCGGCCUCCCACACCUUCACCCUUGACUCUGGGGCGUCUCGCUCCUUCUUUCGGGACCGCACCACACUCACGCCGCUUAGUCGGCCAGUUGCGGUGUCCCUGGCUGACCCCUCUGGGGGUCCUGUCCUGUCUCGCUUCUCCACAGUCCUCCCGUGUCCGGCGGCUCCCUCUGGAACCCUGUCUGGUGUCUACCUCCCCUCGUUCUCUACGAACCUGGUGAGUGGUGCAAACCUACAGGAUGCGUGUGUCCACCAGUUCACUCCUGCUCGUCUGCGGGUGACGCACUGCACGGGGGCUAGCUCAGGUCGCCACCUGGCUACGUUUACACGUCAGCCAGGGUCGAGCCUGUACACACUGACCAUUGUUUCUCCUCCAGUUACUGAGUCUGGUCAGGUGUUUACGGCAGCGUCCAGGUCUGGUCCUGAGUCUGCCCCCUGUUCGUGUCGUCGCCUGUCUCACGAGACUCUCCUCUGGCACCACCGCCUUGGUCACCCCUCUCUGCUUCGGCUCAAAGGCAUGGUCUCUCGUCUUCUUGUGUCUGGUCUCCCCCGGUCCCUCCCUCCCCUUCCUCACGGCCCUGGCCCUGCCUGUGUCCCCUGUGUCGAGGGGCGCCAGCGUGCUGCCCCUCACUCCUCCCAGUUUCCUCCGACAGAGGCCCCGUUGCAGACGCUUCACAUGGACGUGUGGGGCCCUGCCCGCGUCCGUGGACUCGGUCACGAGCGCUACUUCCUGUUGGUGGUUGACGACUACUCGCGUUACACCACAGUCUUCCCCUUGCGCAGCAAGGGUGAUGUCACUGAGGUGCUGAUCGACUGGAUCCGCGCAGCUCGUCUCCAGCUCAGGCAGAGCUUUAGCUCGGACUUUCCUGUGAUGCGUCUGCACUCGGACAGAGGCGGAGAGUUCUCCUCUGGCCUUCUGCGUGCCUACUGUCGUGCACGAGGCAUCUGUCAGACCUUCACGCUUCCGAACUCACCGCAGCAAAAUGGGAUUGCAGAGCGCCGCAUUGGCAUGGUCAUGGACGUCGCUCGUACGUCUAUGAUGCAUGCCGCUGCCCCCCAUUUUCUGUGGCUGUUUGCGGUCAGGUACGCGGCGCAUCAGAUCAACCUUCACCCCAGGGUCUCCAGGCCGGAGACCUCCCCAGCCCUGCUGUGGACGGGGAAGGUUGGCGAUGCGUCGGCGUUCCGGGUCUGGGGAUCUCGGGCGUUUGUCCGCGACUUGUCUGCGGACAAGCUGUCCCCUCGUGCUGCUCCUUGCGUCUUCCUGGGGUUCCCGCCCGAAGCCCCUGGGUGGCAGUUCUACCAUCCCACCUCUCGCCGUGUAGACGCGGUAGAGCCUGUCGAGGUCAAUGGUGACUCUGGUGCUGCUGCGGGUGCUGAGCCUAGGGGUGCUGACACUGGGGGUGCUGAGCCUGGGGGUGCUGAGCUUGGGGGUGCGGAGCCUUGGGGUGUUGAGCCUGGGGGUGCGGAUCCUGGGGGUGCUGAGCCUGGGGGUGCUGAGUCUGGGGGUGCUGAGCCUGGGGGGUGCUGA